AUGCGUGUUCUCAUUGUCGGAGCUGGCCCAACCGGCCUAGUCCUUGCUCAUGCCCUUCUGAAAGCGGGUGUCGAAAACCUCGUCAUCCUCGAGCGCAGGCAAACCGUUGUAGAGGCCUCGGGUGCCGGUAUUGGCCUUUGGCCUCACACCGUACGAGUCCUCGACCAACUUGGGGACGGUAUCCUGGAAUCGGCACAGGAAAUGGUGCCCAGGAUGAAACGGAACGCGCGCCUGGGAAGCGAGGGGAAUCUCAUCCUUUCUACCGACAUGUAUGAACAGAUCGAGGAAAAUCACGGCCAUCCAUUCAUGCUCUUCGAGCGCAUGCGCUUCAUUGAACUCUUAUAUACACAUUUGCCACGCGCCUCCGACCUGGUCUUGACGGGAAAAUCAGUCGCCUCUCUUUCGCAAACCGACAAGCUAGUCUCAGUCACAUGUGAUGACGGCUCAGAAUAUACUGGAGACAUUCUUAUCGGCGCCGACGGUGUUCACAGCAUAACCCGGAGUCUCUUAUUUGGCGGCCUCGAAGAUCGACGUGCAAAACUGGCGGAUGGUUUUUCCGCGUCCUUCCGAUGUAUCUUUGGCUGCGGCCCGCUUCUGCCGGGCUUGGUCCCGGGCGAAAUGGUUGAGCGCAGCAAAGGCCCAAUCUCCUUUCAGAUGCUGAUUUCGGACGAUACAGUCAUGUGGUUCUUCUAUCAACGCCUCGAAAAGAUGACGACGAACAAGACUUACUAUUCCGAUGCAGAAAUGGAAGAGCUUGCCGACACAUUCAAAGAUUUUGAAGUGGUCGAAGACCGUAGCAUUUGCUUUGGCGACUUGUGGCAGACCAAACGACGAGCUCGGCUUGCGGAUCUAGAAGAAGGCCUCAUAAGUCAGUGGUCCAAGGGUCGCGUAGCUCUCGUCGGCGAUGCGACGCAUAAGAUGUUACCCAAUCUCGCCCUGGGCGGGAACUGCGCCAUAGAAUCCGCCGUCUCCCUCGUCAACCGACUCCACAAUCUCAUUCAGACCAGCCCAACGCCGAGCACACAGGAAUUAGAGUCGGUCUUCAUAGCCUAUCAGCAAGAGCGGGAAUCCCGUGCGAGGCUCUUCACGAGAUUGUCUGGCUUGAUGCUACGCCAUUGGUGGCUCCUUGCCAAGUUCUUGGGAUUUGUUGGAAGGUUCACGUCAUUGGAGAACGACCGAACGGUGACCGAUAAAGUCCUGACAAGGAUUUCUAAACCUGGCUUAGUGCUGGACUUUGUGCCUGAAACUCAGCCAAAGACCGGAAAGGUUCCAUGGGAUAUUAGCAUAGUCGGACUUUCCACAGGAUGA